GCGACACAGUUUCCCACCGGAAAUAAAUAUAUGACGGACCAGUGAACCCAACGAGGAACAGCUGAUUACUGUACAGCCAUAACUAGACUAAUAUAAGCUUUUUUUUUUGGUGGAGUGAAAUUUAAGAAAUCUGUGUUGAUGUAAUGAAAAUAUUAACAUUAACUCGGAGACAGACGUGCUUAUUUGGUCGCAGUAUUGUCUAAGAAGAUGUUUGCAAGAGCAAUUCGUGUCAAAUCCAACACCGCAAUCAAAGGAUCAGACAGGAGAAAGCUCAAAGCUGAUUUGUCAGCAGCCUUUCCUUCAUUGUCUGCUGAUGACCUGUCUGAGUUGAUCCCAAACAAGGAGGAAUUAAACGUAGUCAAGAUAUAUGCACAUAAGGGAGAUGCUGUGACACUGUAUGUGCUUCAUAAGAAUCCCCUGUUCUUUGAACUGGAGAAACGUCUUUAUCCAACAGUGUAUGUACUCUGGCGUCAUCCUGACCUCCUGCCAGCAUUCAGGACAUGGCCUCCUGUGCUUCAAAAAAUGAUUGGAGGAGCAGAUCUCAUGCUGCCAGGUGUGGUGGUACCAUCAAGUGGUCUCCCAGAUGUGAAACAGGGUGACUGCUGUGCUGUUACGGUUGUGAGCAAUAGGGCUCCUGUUGCAGUUGGGACUGCUUCUCUGUCAAGGGCAGACAUGCACGGUGCUGGUAUGAAAGGGAGAGGAGUUUGUGUUCUCCAUACGUAUAUGGAUCAUCUCUGGGCGUUUGGAGACAAGUCAGGUCCUCCUCUGUUACCAGAUGCAGAGAGUGAAGGACAAGGGUUGAAUGGAGAGGAAUGUGAGGACGAUGAAGAAGAGGAGGAAAAGGUUAAGAGUCGUGUGGAGGAGGAGCAGAUUACUGGUGAACACUUCACAGAUGAAGCCUGUUCUGGUGUUGAAGAGCUGAGUCUGGCUAAGGAGGAGGAGGAGGAGGAGGAGGAGGAGAAGGGUGAAAAGGACAUUGAGGAAGAAGAGGGGAGCAAAGAGGAUCAAAAAAUGCCACAAGAGAUAAUGGAUGCUCUGCUGUUGCAGUGUUUCCUCCAUGCUCUCAAGAGCAAGGUGAAGAAGACAGAGCUCCCUCUGCUGACCAGUACUUUUCUUCGCAUUCACAUGUUCUCCUGCUGCCCAAGUGGAAAACAACUGGAUAUUAAGAAAUCCAGUUAUAAAAAGCUUUCCAAGUUUCUGCAGGCCAUGCAGCAGAAACAUAACCUUGUGCGAGUGAAAGAACUGACCAAGGGAGUGGAGAGCAUUGUGGAAGUGGACUGGAAAAACCGAGAACUGCGCUCCUUCCACGUCCCAGAGGAAUUAGAGGAGGAAGCCGCUACAAUGCAGGAUGGUGGGGAAGGGGAAACUCCAUACCAUCCUCCUGAGAUCACAACUCUGUACUCCGUGCCAGCUCGACUGGAGCCUCUCUUCCUGGAUGCAAACAAGAGGAAAGGGAUGAUACUGCAGCCUGCUGAAGUGAGACAUAUUGUCACAGAGUACGUGAAGAACAAUGAGCUGGUUGAUGAAAAUAAUAAGAAUUUUGUAACCAUAAACCCGACUCUGUGCGACUGCUUACUGGAGAAAUCUGAGUACCAGGAGGUAGAUUCUCUCAAGUGGGAUGACCUCUUUAGCAGGACUCUGGGAAGAAUGCAGGAGUGCUAUGAAGUUGUAUACCCUGGUCAAGCACCCAUAAGAAAAAAGGGCCACAUUGAGCCCAUAGACAUCGCUGUGGCCUCUCGAGGCUCCAAUAAGAAGGUGACCCUCAUAAAGAACCUUGAAGUAUACGGUUUGGAUCCGGCAGUUGUGGCCACUGCUUUGCAGCGCCGAGUCCAGGCCAGCUCAGUCUUACAGCCAAUCCCUGGAUCCAAGGACAAAGUCCUGGUCCAGAUCCAAGGCAACCAGAUUCACCAAGCUGGCAAUUUACUGCUAGAUCAUUAUCAAAUUCCUCGAAAGUACAUUCAAGGAAUUGACAAAGCUCCCAAAGGUGGCAAGAAGAAAUAACAUUUCAGCCCAGGAUACAAAUCAUUCACUGUCCUUCAGCUGCUUUACUGUAACACAACAACAACAAAUUAUUUGUGUAAUAAUGUUGAUUUACUGUCAUCCUCUGGAGGUUGAUGAUAAAAGAAGUCUUUGUUGCUGGUUUGAUUUGAUUUGAGAAUUUUGAAAGUCAAGGUACUGAUUGUAUCUUUGAGGUAAUUUGUCCCUGUUGGUAAAGAAAUCUCACUUAAUUGUCUUAAAAUGUCAACAUGUUGAACUUUAAAUUCAAACCUAAAGAAAAAAAACGAAAACAUGUUCAGUGGUAAAAGCAGAGUGAGAUGAGGACUGAGUUAGGGUUUGGCAUGUCGGUAAUUAGGAUGGGGAAACUUCAGGUCUUGUUAGGUCAUGUUUUCAGGUCCAGAUACAUGGUGUUAUUUCAACACAUAAAAAUAAAAGUAACAAAAACUUGGUUCAAACAAGCCUGUAUUUUGUGGGAUAAUAAUAAAAACUCAAACCUAAGGAAUAAACCACACCAAAGGAUAUUUCAUAUUUCUUCUUUUUGUGCUUCUCCAUAUUUCUUCAGUCUUAUUUGUUUUUAAGAGAUGGACUUAACUUUUACUGAGGCUGUGUGCAAUUAUGCAGCCUCAGCUAUGUUGAGGUUGAGUCUCUGCCACAACCAGUCUGUUGUCUUGUCCGCAAACGUGCAUUCAGAGUAUUUACCAAGUUUUUUGUGUUUUUUAGGUUGACAGUUAAAAGAAGGAGUUUAAACCACUCUGUGUUUUCUCGAAGAUGUAUCCUUUGCUCAGCUCCUAUAGCUCACAUGAGAUUACAAGAGUGAAUAAAGACAUUAGGUGGCCUGAGUCUCCCUCAAUUCACUGUGCAUUCAAGCCUAAUAAACAGGACAGAUUAGUGAUGUUUUUUUAGUUUGUUAAUUUCUUAAUCUAUGGCUGACAGUUUCCGAAAAUACACUGGAAUCUGAAAUAAGAUAAGGAUAAGGCGGUAGAGCAUGGGUCUUAAUCAAGUUAUGUUGUUAGUUUGUCUGAUUUGGAAACCAUCCACUGUUGUGCAUAUCCAGAAAGAUGCAGCUGAUUUCUUAGGAGCUCCAACCAUUCUUGGGGGAUAGAUUAACAGACUGGCACGAGAAAGUGUCUAGUCAACUGUACUCCAGUUGCCAGAACUCCAAAUUUGAAAAUUUCGCGAUCUGACUGUUUUCAACUUUGUGCCAGCUUCUACUGAUUUUUGUGCAAUUUUCUUUUUGAAUGGAGGACCUCAUUCUAGGGAUCCAUUUGUAUUCUCCAAAAGUUCCUUAAUGUGCUUGCUGUGAAACAGGUGCUUGUCAGUCUUGCCAGUAGCAAAUUAUUACCAGCAGUACAGAUCUGAGUUUUUCUCAGAUCAUUGCUCCAUGCUUUUCUACCGUUUAAUAAAGAUUGAACAAAUAUAGA